AUCAAUUAUGACAUGGACAGAGGUUGGUUAGAAAACUGAUCUCUACCGUGCAUGAUAGUGCUCCAGCAUUCAUCUCCAGCAUUGUUCUCUUUGUCUUGGUUCUUGCCAUGCGCUCUAAGAUGAGUACACCUUGAUCAGCUGAACAGCUUGUAUGGAAGUCUGGACCAGGCUUAGGGGCAACCCGACCAGAAUCAUGGCUGUGCCUCACCGAUGUAUGCUCGCUACGGCAUCAACGACUCGGAUGCGUCAGAUGAAAAGUCCCAUUUCUCCAACACAGGCGAGGGAUUUCUUUCUAAGGACAAGAAGAUCUUUCAGUUCGUCUCCAAAUUCAAGGCUAUCACUCGAAGCAAGCUCUCCGGAUGUCAAGAAGGCUCAAGCAUAUUGCACGAGUCUUGUCCGUACAUAUGACUCGCCAUCUUAUACCCUGGCUCAUUUCAUUCCCUCGCAUAUGCAGCCAGCAUACUUUGCCAUUCGAGCAUUCAACAUCGAAUUAGCGCGAAUCCCAGAUGUUGUAUCCAUGCCGCAGAUUGGCGCUAUGAGGAUGCAGUUCUGGAGAGACACCAUCGACAAGACAUUCAAGGGCACACCGCCGUUAGAGCCCGUGGCAAUUCUCCUCGCGGCAUACCUCGACCAGGGCUAUAAAAUGAGCAAGACCUGGUUUCAACGUAUCAUUUCCGCCAGGGAUCGCAAGUUGACUCAUCCAGGGUUCACCAACAUGGAGGAACUUGAGUCCUAUGCCGAAUCAACAUAUUCAACCCUGCUCUACUUGACUUUGUCUGCUCUGCCCCUUGAAGCUUUGACGACGGAUCAUCUAGCAUCACACAUUGGCAAGGCGGCAGGUAUUGCAGCUGUGCUUCGUGGAGUUCCUCUGCUAGCAUUUCCACCUCCACCAAAUCUACAUUCGAACAAUCCUGCAGGAAUGGGUCUGCCUGCGACCCGUGAAAAGCAAGGCGUUGUCACCUUACCACUCGAUGUCAUGUCACAAUGUGGUGUGAAGGAGGAAGAUGUCUUUCGCCAGGGAGCUAAUGCAGCAGGACUGCGGGAUGCAGUUUUCUCAGUUGCGACUCGGGCGUCAGACCAUCUGAUCACUGCCAGGACGAUGCUCAAGAAUGUUCAAGAGUUCAAGGACCCGGGCCAUGAAUAUGAACAUAUGCAUGACGAAGGCCAUGACUAUGGCAAGCAUGACAGCCAUGACAGCGCACCCGCCGAGAAGAGAAAGGAGGACAAAGACAAGGCGUUUGGCAUUGUCAUGGGCCCGGCAGUCAGCACGCAGCUGUGGCUGGACCGACUCCAAAAGGUCGACUUUGACAUCUUUAAUGACAGUCUUCGGCGUGCUGAAUGGAAGCUUCCAUUCAUCGCCUGGCAGCGCAAUCGAAAGGGCGAAUUUUGAGCCACUGAUCACCACUCGGCAAUCCUAGCGCGAAACCCUUAUCUGGACCCAAGCCGUGUGCUGGAUGAGAACGAUCAGCCAUCAAGUGUAUUUCGUCGACUUCUGCUCAGAACCAUGGCAUCACCUUUCUUUCCGAGAAUCGCUUCGAUGGCGCCUACCAAGGCUUGAUGGUCAUAGAAAACAAUGCCCUUGGCACUUUUGCGACCAUAUAAUUUCAGGCAGUCGAUGCCCACAGACGCCAACCGGUCACGAUCAACAUGUGGGGUCCCAUCUCCUGUCAGGUGAAUCACAUGUGUGACAUAUUGGCGAUAUAUCGAGUCGCGGCUCGCGCGAUGGGCCUCAUUGGCAACCUGUGGGUUUGGAUGGAGAGAGCUACCGUGUCGGCUAGUGGAAGGGGAAGUGUAUGAGUUGCCGAUCGUUUCAUCCGAUCGCGAACCAUGUAACACGGGCCGCCAGGAAUUUCCCCUGGACUGUUCACCCGCCCGAGCGAUGGCUUCGACGAAAUCAAAGGCUGAAAAUGGACUGGAGCUUGGUCCAACCUCGCGAUCCAGUGAGCCGUUCAGGAUAAGGAUUUUAUGGCGUGCCGGUGUGGUGCGAAUAGCCUCCCCUACGCCUUUCAACACGAUCGAUGGGAUGAUUGAAGUGAACAGAGAUCCAAUAGAGAAUAUGACAGCCUGUGAGUGUUUGAUGGCGGACAGAACUCUUGGGUUCGCGGGAGGCAGCAUCUCUUGUCCAUAUGGAUUGAUAUACCACACCCGGUCAAUACGAGCUGGCAGGUCCUCGUCUUGGUCUUUGGUGAACUUGAUAUUCCGUUGGCGAAGACUGGGCAAAGUGCCUGGGAUGUUGGCAUCUUCAAUGUCCGCUGUGUGAUCGACGCUACCCCGUGUUCUGAUUCCAUGCAGUGAUUCUGAAGGAAGAGUGGGCAUUUCCAAGGCGGUGGCUUCUGCAGGAUGGGAGAUAUUGUUCUGUCCAACAAUGACAUCCCCGUUGGCAAGUCCGGCAGCUAUGUGAUGGGAGAAGUUGGAAUUGAUACUAGGAAUGACUCGAACUUCACCAUCUGAUAUGCCACAUAUACUGCUCAAUAGAUAAAUGGCCGACUCGAAACUGCCGCUGAAGAGUCGUGCACCAGUCAGGAACAGAUUGCCGACACUG